CCAAUCACAGCGCUGCAUCUCUGGCUGACUAGCUGCCGCUGUACUGUAGCUGUAGUACUCGGUGUCGCUCCUCUGCACCUCAACGAAGAAAACAGCGCGAGGUUUGUGCAGAUGUUUGGUGGUCUUACAGCUGUAGACUGAAGUAUCCCCAGCAUCAUGUCCUGUGUCAUGCAAUAAUAAACCUUCAGCAAUAGAGUGUGCAAGAUCAUAACUGCUUCCAACAAGAUGGAAACUGAAGAGGCUGUGAUACCCAUCUGGCAAAACAAACCUCACGGGGCAACUCGAAGUGUGGUGAGGCGAAUUGGCUCCACACUGCCAUUGAAACCUUGUCCUAGAGCAUGCUUCCAGGAGCUGCCAGGUCUUCCUCCACUGCGACCCACAGAUGGCCCAAUGGUACCAACGCUGGCUGACAUCGCAUGGAUUGCAGCUGAUGAGGAGGAGACCUACGCCAGAGUGAGGAGUGACACGCGCCCCUUCAGGCAGGAGUGGAGGCCGACGCCCCUGCUGGUGCUCCACAGGAACUCCUCGGUACCCAACUUCAGGCGUGAGGGCAAACGGAUGGAGGGUCUGAGGAAGCCGGGUAUGACUGCACUGAACCGCACCACGGCCCUGCAGGAUGAGCUCAGUCGACUGCGGGCACAGAUCGCCAAAAUCGUUGCCGGCGAGUCAGACUCCAACCCCAUCACCCCUGACCUGCUGUCUCCUGAUGACACCACCAUGGGUUUCUCCUUGGCUCCAUUCGAGACAGCCGUGUACCAGCCAGCUGCCUCCGCCUCCUUUGUCAUCAGUGACGUUACUGAGGAAGACGAGGUUGAAGAAGAUGAGGAUGAUGAUGAUGCUGAGGUAUCCGAGCUGGCUCCAGACCCCAUGCCGCCAGUCUCCAUGACGGCAUCUGCUACCUUUGACCUUGACCACCCGACUAUGGACUUCCGAGAGCCAGAGGAAGACACAGUGUCUCUUUCAAAGUCUACGAGCUUCGCUGAUGUGAAGGACAUUCUGAAGGACAUGAACCGCAUGAAGAUGUGCAAGGACAGGUAUAACCGUGGCUGUACGUCACUGAGAGAAGAAGACUCUGCUUCAUUGAUAUCUGAAGCUCUGAGGAAGAAAUUCACGCUGAGGGACGAAGACGUCAGUAUGAAGAAGUAACGUGUCUCCUCUCUCUCCACCUGCUCGUCCAGCACUCCAUGCCUGUGCCUGUGGAUUGUUGCCACGAUGAGCCCUAAACGCCCCGUCAGCAGUGAUGCAGAGUUCUCCAUGGUGACCUGCCCUAAACAACCCCACCACCCCGUAAUGAUCCAGUGCUGCAGUGACUACACCUGAAGGAGACUGACGUGCUCUUGUUCUUCUAGCCACCAUAACACUUCUGUUCAGAUUACACACACACACACACACACACACUAUUAAAUCUGAAGAUUUAUCUGUGUGAGUGAAAGCGCACAUUUUCAUGUUGAAAUUUUCUUCUUGAUCCUUUUCUUCUUCUUGUAACAUCUAUUUUUAAAGCAUCUAGCAUUCUUUUAGCGCUCCCUUCACAAUCUCACUCAGUUAAAAUUCUCAACACAACUCCUAACAGUGUGGAUGUGGCGUGGAUCAGCAUGGUCUUGUAGAAAAGGUGGUCACUGCAUUAUCUAACAUACAAAAAAUAUCCCCCACAACCAAUGUUCUCAACAAACAUCAAACCAUGCUGAAUGCAUGGGCGAACAAACCUAAUUCUGUAGAUGUCUUGAAACUAUAUACACACAUACAAACCUUUUUUUUUAUAUAUAUAUAUAUAGCUUUUAGCCUCUGUUGCCUCACAAACCCUGUUACACAUACUUGAACCAUUUUUGAUUCAUUUGAGUCACUAGUUUGCAAUAUUUGUGUUUUUUCAUAUUUUUCUUUCACUUAAAACCAAAAAAGCAGAAUAUUAAGGGUCUUGUGAGGGUUUACAGGUUCUGCUAGGUGUGUCGAACCUUUUUUCUCUCUUUUUAUAAUUAUUAUUAUUAAUUUUCUUGAGUAGCUCAAGUGUUUUUUGCUUGUGCAGCUCAAACUAAUUUGAAGAAAUUCAUCUGAGCCACAGGAUAACCUUAUGUUUAUACAACACAAAACACACCAUAUAAACUAGCUGCUAGGUUUCUUAUUAUUAUUUGCUGUGGGAUUUAUGUCUAUACAUAAGUGUGAGAGGAGAGUGUGUAACCCGGACUGUGUAAGUGUUGUAAAGUUUGUUUGCAGUGUGUUUUAUAGCUGCUGUUGCUGCCUCUCUAGCGAACUGUGAGGAAGCUUCUGUAUGUGUUUUUAUAUUGAGGAUGAUGAUGAUGAUUAUUAUGAGAACAAUGAUGUUCCUUCCCCACAGUCUAAAGAACAUAUUUUGUGAUAGUCUGCAUGUGUGUCUUGAGGAUUGAACUAAAGUUUGAAGUGUUGAAUGCUAAUCGCGUGUGUUUGUUUCUCUCCUGGCGCCUUACCCAGCCUCUUGCCUCUACCGCUGACCCUGCUGUGGGUUUUAUUUAUUGGUUUGAAGUGUGCCUGUCAUCGCUGAGUGAGUUUGUUUUAAUAGCCACUACUAUAUCAGUGCCACAGCUGCCCGAAAAAUCACUUCAGGGGUUAAUAAAAGAGAGAGAGAGGGCAAGCAAACAAGUGAGCAUGCAUGGGAUGUGUACAUAAUGUUUAAGUUUGUGUGUUUGUUUGUUUUUUUUUUACUGAAAAAAGGACCCAUUUCAUAUGAAGAAACAUUACAGAAAUUUACACCAACCAGCCACUUUAUUAAAACCACAUUCUUGUUUCAACUUUCAUUUGACAUUUUAUCAGCUUUGCAGUGCUGAGAAUAACCAACCCCACCAAAUAAUAGCUGCUCUGUGGUGGUCCUGACGGUUAAAGAACAUGGUGAAAGGAUGAGAGUUAUUUAUACAGAAAAACAGAUACAGGACUGCAGUCUGCAAUAAUAAAACUACGAGAGUUAGGAAUGCAUAAAAUAUUUGGCAACUGAAAUGAUUCACCUAAAAAAAAUAAAAUAAGAGCUGCUGUAAACAAUGUGGAAGAGAGCAAGCAAACAACAGGUUUAAGUUCAUUUUUAUUUGAACUUUCUACUAAUAUAGUUAAUAAAAUGAAAGAUUCAGUAUUACUUAGCAUGUUUAUUCAUAUAUCAUCACAUAGUUUGUUUUUAAUACGAUAAAUGGGAAGGCUACAGUCCGAUAUACUCACCUCUUGGCGGCAAAAUAGCUAACUAGCGCUCAGCGGGGUUAGCGGGUAAUGCUAAUGCUGUUCCAGCAAGGCUAGCUGAUGUAAGGAGCAGGCUACAGACUAACAACAGUACACUCACGUCUGAACGGCAAAAGAGCUAGCACUAAGUGCUGUUAACAGCUAAUGCUAAUACUGCUACAUUCUAGAGCAGAGUGGCUUUACUGCUCCUUACAACCUGACUGGUAAAGUUAAUACAUAAGGCACACCGAUUUAUAAGGCGCACUGAUUAUUUUUUUGGAAAAUUAAAGGAUUUUUAGUGCGAAAAAUACAGUAUAUUUACUUACUGGCUGUUUUCAAGCUGAAGAAUACAAGCUGUAAAGUGCUAGGAGAGUAACAUUAGCUGAGGCAGCAAGCUAGCUAGUUAACAUAUCCUUAGCAUUUGUUUGUUUACCAAAAGGCUGCCUGCUUUUCUCUGCAUACAUUCCAGUCGUGAAUUGGAACAGUUUUGCUUAAGUACAUUUCUGAUUUGAAUACCACAGCUCUAUAAAUUCAUGAUUAGAUAAGCACUGCUGAGGUAACUUUAUUGUUAGAUAAGCACUGCUUAAAAAAAUCAUGAUUAGAAUAAGCGUUAAAUUUGAUUCUUUUACGCAUUUGUAAAAAAAAUGGGUUUUUGUCUUCAGCAAAAGGUUUUAUCUUGUUCAGUUUCUGCCCUUUUUUUUUUUUAUUUAUUUUUUUUUAAUCUGUUUUGGUGCAUCCCUACAAUAAAGUGCGCUUAUAUGGUGAGCAGAGCUGAUCUAAUGGCUAAUUUGUAUAGAACAAAAGGAGGUGGUUUUAAUGAAGUUGCUGGUGGAGAUGCAUAUUAAUAAUAGGAAUCAGCUAGCUUGGUCUCAUUUGGCUACUGCUAACUGGCUCCCUUUGGAUUUUGUUCAUUCUUAAAGGGACCGUACUACUAAAAGGAAAACGUGACCAGUGCUAGCCAGAUAAAAGCCGCUAGCAUGCUGAACACAGUGAACUCUCUAUACCAAAAAGGGAGAGAAUUCAUGCACUCUCUAACUAGCUCCUGCAAAGUAAACAGUUUUAAGGCUUAAAUACUAAAAUCAUCUUCUAAUGAUUGCUAUUAAAAGUGUUAGGAGCUUUGGUAACCUAGCUUCUGCAGAGUAAAUACUCCACACCAAGAUCUUCUAGUUUAAAACCAGACAAAUCACCACCUCAUGAUGUAUUUUGAAAGAAAUAAGCGCACUAUAACUGGCUCCUGCAGAACAACAACAAAAAAAAGUUAGAUAUGUUUGCUUUAAAGCCUAGGAAAUCACCUUCUCCUGUUGUAUCUUCAUCUUGGGAGCAGCUUUUUAAGAUUUUCGUAGCUCCCCCUAGCUGCCUUUUAAAGAACAAAAUAAACCGUAGACUUAAGAGCAAAAUGUUUAGGUUUAGUAUUCACCAUUUGUUUUUUCUAAACAUAGUUCCAUAGUUUCAUUCUGUCCCAUUCCAUUUUGCAUUGCAUUGUGGUAAUGAUGUAAUAAUGGUGUCCAAUAAUAAUAAUUAAAAAUAAUAAUAAUUAUUUAAGUAUGCUAAACUUUGACAUUUUAAUCUGUGCUCUAUACUCUUAGAAACUACUUAGUAUUUGUAAGAAGUAGGGAUUUGGAACACACCCAUCUUUUCGAGACCUUUCUUGAAGGUGGGAGCACCUACUAAAAACAUCUUUUUAGGAAGCAUGUUGGUGGUGGGAGGAGCUUCUGGACAAACAAGCUCGCUCUAGCUGCCUGACACUAUCACAUAUCACUUUAGGUCAGCACUAGCCUAUAUUCAGUACUCCGACUCAGUUAAAAGCUUCAUAUUUCAAUAGCAGACAUUCCCUAAUGUCUUCUGUAUCUGAACCUUUAGAGAAUUUAGCACUGUAUGUCUAAGCCUCUAUCAGUGGCUAUGCUAGCAAGAAGGCUAUUGGAGGGAGUUUGUAGUGGCUGGAUGACCUGUUUGGGCAAUGCAUGCUGGGACUUGUAGUAAAAGAGCACUGAUUCUCGACAAUACAAUGCAAAUUAUGAAUUGUGUCAAACUCGUGACAGACAUAUCAUUGGAAUUGCCAUUUAAUGUUAGCUUUUUUGGCCUGAGUUAGCCUUUAACAUAUUAUUUCUAAGCCUUUUGUUCUUGUACACCUUGAAACUUUUUACUGAUUAUUGCGAUGUACAGCGUGUUUUGAUUAAAGAAUGUGUUGACAACAGGUUUUUGAAGGUUUUCCGCAUUUAACAACCCCAUGUUGUUUUAUGUUGUUGCUAAAAAGAAAGAUUUACACCUGUACUUUCACACCAUCAAAACUUUCUUACCCUGUUAAAUCCUGAUCAUCAUUCCUAAUACUGUGGUCCAGUUGAUACACUAGACAUAAAUAUAGUACACAACUCUUAAUGACUCCUAAUGAUGGAAACUGCAAAUGUUCGGUUGUAACAAGUGUACUGUUUAUUAAUUCUGUAGGUACAGUCAGUGUAUUCAUACACUACUUUGGUGUGUAUUGCACCAGGUGACCUUCCAGGCUCCUCUGUAGAAGCUAUUCAGAACUAAAUCCAGUGACACUAGAGCAGGUGUUGCGUUUUGACCUUUCAUAUGGUUGAUAUUUAUAACCUGAACUCCUGAUUUAUAAUUCUGUCCUUCUGGUGUGAGUCUGCAUUGUCUUUACAAUAUUAAAAAAAAGGAAUAGAACAAAUAUAAAUGAAUUUACAGGACAAUUAAAGCCAUCUGCAACAAGCCAACUGUAUAGUGUAAAGAAUAUACGAGACUCCUGCCUUUGUUUCUUCAUGACUGUUCACAGAUUGAACGCAGACUGAACGUUUUCAUGCAGAGGAAUGUGUGUUUUGCGUGUUUUUCCUAGUAGGAGAAUGCUGUAUUUGCCUGUAUAUUAAGCCUAGAAGGGAAAAUAAUAAAAGGCUGAUGUUUGAGGUA